AUGUCAUCAGAAAAGCCCUCACCAGAGCAGCCGCCGUCCUCUUCGGCGGCCCCCUCUGUCGACGGGGUCCAUGUCGCUUCGCCAGCUCCGACCCGCUGCCAGACAAUCCUCUCUUCCACAGACGCCUUUCUGACCCGCCUCUACCGAUGCACGUCGACACGAUCCGGCGCCGAUGUCGUCUUGUUCUUCCUCACAUAUGGAUUACGAUUGUCGGCCAAUGUCCUCGAAACCGGCUCCCGCGCCGCCAUCCGCUCGUCGGCGAGUAAACUCGUCGCUCUCGCGCUCCAGCUCCCGCCCUCGCAAGCCGUCAACUUUGCAAAAGAGGCACCGUUUGCGAACCCGUUUGUCGGGCUCGCGCUCAAGCUCGCGGCGCGACUGAGGGCCGCGGUCGCCGUGCUGACCGAGGUGCGAACCUUUGGCCGACUCUGGGGUCUGCUGGGCCUGUACUUCUCGGUCAAGAAGCUUGUCCUAUCCGCGCGGGCGAAGAAACAGGAGGGAGAGAACUCUGCCGAGCGCACAUUUGACUUUAUUGUCGCCGCGGCGCAGAUCACAUCUCUCAUCUCGUUCCAAGCCACGGAGAACAUUACAUACCUCUCGAGCAAGAAGAUCCUGGGCUUCUCCCCCGCGACGCAGGGCAAGCUCAUCAUGUGGAGCGUGCGGUCGUGGGCGCUCUAUGUGGCGAUGGAGCUGGCACGGCUGGUGGUGGAGAGGCAGCGCAAGGUCUCGGCGGCCGGAGGGCGGCUCACCGAGAAAGACCAAGCGUGGUCCGAGGGCUGGAAGAGGGAGUUUUUCAGGAACCUGGCCUGGUCGCCGGUCACGGUGCACUUUAGCAUCCCUGGCGGGUUCCUCAGCGAUUUCGCCGUGAGCGCCCUGGCGUUUCACCCGGCGCAGUCGCAGAUGCGGGAGCUUUGGGCUGCGAACAAAUAG